AUGACGGUCUCUUACACACUGAAAGUAGCCAACGCUCGGUUUGGGGGCUUUUCCAAGCUGCUGUUCAGAUGGAAAGGGAGUAUCUACAAACUACUCUACAAAGAGUUCAUUGCCUUUGCCAUCCUCUACACCAUUAUCAGCCUCAUGUACAGGCGUUUGCUUUCAGAAGAACAGAAGACCAUGUUUGAGAAGACGGCGAUGUACUGUAACCGAUACACUGACCGCAUCCCACUGUCGUUCGUUCUGGGUUUCUAUGUGUCUAUGGUGGUGAGCCGUUGGUGGAGUCAGUACACCAGUAUCCCGCUCCCUGACCAGCUCAUGAUGGUGGUCUCUGCGAAUGUCCACGGUAUGGAUGACAGGGGGCGUAUCCUGCGGAGAACACUCAUGCGUUAUGCCAACCUGUCCUCUGUGCUCAUCCUGCGCUCCAUCAGCACCAGGGUGUGCAAGCGCUUCCCUACCAUGGAGCAUGUCAUCGAGGGAGGGUUCAUGACUCGGGAAGAACAGAAGAAACUCGAGGGCCUGUACUCUGACUUUAACAAGUACUGGAUGCCCAUGGCCUGGUUCACUAACCUGGCCUCCCAGGCCCGGAGAGAUGGGCGUGUGCGGGAUGACGUGGCGCUGAGACUGCUGAUGGACGAACUAAACAAUUACAGAGCCAAGUGCAGCAUGCUGUUUCACUUCGACUGGAUAAGUAUCCCCCUUGUGUACACGCAGGUGGUCACUGUUGCUGUCUACUCUUUCUUUACCGUCUGCCUAAUUGGGCGGCAGUUUUUGGACCCAAGCAAAGGUUACCCUGGUCAUGAUUUAGACUUCUACGUUCCCAUCUUCACCCUGCUGCAGUUCUUCUUCUAUGCAGGCUGGCUCAAGGUGGCAGAACAGAUCAUUAAUCCUUUUGGAGAAGACGAUGAUGACUUUGAAACAAAUAAACUGAUUGACAGAAACAUUCAGGUCUCCAUGUUAGCAGUGGAUGAUAUGUACCAGAAUCUGCCCCCAGCUGAGAAGGAUAAGUACUGGAACGAGUCCUCAGCUCAGCCUCCCUACACCCUGGCCACGGCAUCCGAGACCCUCAAACCCUCCUUCAUGGGGUCCACCUACGACAUGAGGAUGACAGAGGAUUCUGCACAGCACUAUGCUGUCGAGCCUAGCCCCCACACUCCUCGCAUGCAAACGCCAAUGCUGACCCGGUUCCUGACUGCUGCCUCGCCAGCCAUUAGCCUCAAAAACUUUGGCCGCGGAAACCGGGGUAUCCUACGUCUGCGAGGCGACAGCGUCAACUCAAACCCAUGGCAAGCGGAAGAACGCAUUAGCGAGGACGAGGAUGAGGUGGACGAGGAAGCAGAGGUGCAGGGCAAGGCAAGCCAACAGUCCACCUCUGGUUCCAUUCCAGCCAAGCCCCGACGCCUAGAAGCAUCUGACCAGCAGAAGAAAAGGGAAGAGUUCCCCAUCACCAUUGACAGCCCCUCCAGCGAUAGUGAGCACACAGACACAUAGCCAUCCAGCCAGUUGACCCAACACUUUUGCUUCAGUCGUUUUUCUUAAGAUUCUUGUUAUACCAUUUUUUUUUUCUUUUAACAAGAGAACAAUGAAUAGAUUUUAUUUUCUGCAUUUGGAAAAAUUGUGCAUCAAAAUAUAUCAGACUGACCGCCUCCCGCUGACCAUGCCUUGUAGCAUAGGUGAAUUUCAGUGAUUUUUUUUUCCUUUCUACUGAACACCCCAAUAUGCUAGUGAUAUAGCAGGUAAACAAUGUGGUACAUUAAUUUUAAAAAAAUUUUAAAAAAAUUUAAAAAAAGUACUUUUUGCAUUUUUUACAGACUUCAAUAGAUGUCACUAGACCAAAAAACUUUCUGAAAACCUUUUUUUUUUCUAAUACUGUAGUUGAUAUUAACUGUGGUACCAUUGUUAUGGAUCAAUUCAAAGCUGCACUAAUCUGUUUAUUUAAUCUACAUUUGUGAGCUUCUUCAUGCAGACCCAAUUAAGAUGCAGGUGGUUCCUGACUAAAUACAUAUACUGUUACAAAUAUGUUACUCCAUUUAUUGUUGUGGUUGACAUGACCUCAGAAUUUAGAAAGAGUCAAACACAUUCAGAAAGAAACUUUAUUUAGUUAAUACCAAAUAAUCACUUACAUCCUCAGUAAACAACUUAUACCAUUGAGAACACAUUUAAGUUAUACUUUAAAAAAUUAAAGUAUUUGUCUUCUUCAGAUCUACUUAGGUCUCAUCGCUUUUGUUUCAGUAGCAGAACUGGAUAGAUAUCAUCACUAGAAGACCAGAUUUUUUUUUUUUUUUUUAAAUCUAAGUCAAGAUUUAAAAGACCUGCCCAAUUAUUAAAAAAAAUAAAAUAUAUAUUUUGCUCCAUAUGGUUUGUAGUUGACCUGUCCUCUAAACUGCUGAGUCAAUCACAUUAUCAAAAAAUAUUUACCAACAACCACUUCCAUGUAAAUCAGUUGGUAGGACAGUUUCAUGCAUGCAAGAAAGUUACAAAAAAUACUGUAUAUAUAUUUGUCAUCACAUCUACUUGUCUCAUUGCUAUCAUAAGUUAGACCAAAAAUACAACCACCCUCCCCCCACUUAACUUAAGAGUUAAGGAUAUAGUUCAAAGCUGCACUAUUUAUUCAAUCUACAUGUGUAAUGCUGCUGCUUGCUGUGCCCAAAAGAUUGUUCCCGAGUAAACAAAGGAUCAUACACAUACAUGCAACAAAUAUGUAGUGGUGAACAUGACCAGAGUAUAGAAAGACUCAAAACACAUUUUCAGAAAACACUUUAUUGAGCUACUACCAAAUCACCAUUUACAUUCUCCAAUAAACAAUUUAAUAGACCUGAUCUAUGAAUAUAUUUAAAUUAAGAAAAAAGUAUAUUUCUGUCUUCUUCAGAUCUAUUUAGGUCUCAUCACUUUUGUUUCAGUAGCAGAACUGGAUAGAUAUCAUCACUAGAAGACCAGAAAUAACUCACUGCCCCCACUCUACAACUUUUUUUUUUUUUUUUUUUUUUAUCUACCUGUACCUGCCACUUCAUGGUGUUAUGCAUAUGUGAACCACUGUAUGUACCACCCUAUUUCUUUAUCCCAGAAAAAGAUUCAGACACAAAAAUAGUGUGCAAAAUUAUUUAUUGGAUUCUCAAAUACAACAAAACUACCAAUGGAAAAAUACUACUAACCAAUAAAUGCAUGAAUCUUCCAAAAUCAGCAUUAGGUUCCUCGUGUCCAGGACAACACUUUCUUCAUUUGCAGGAAACAUUUGUACCCAACCUUCGAAAGGGAGAAGCUACUAAUCAUAAACCCAGCCCUUCUGCAAGCUGGGGUUAAUCUAGCACUGGAAUGAGACCUAAAGGCCAGGGGAAAGGCCAUCAAGUCACUUGACAGUGCAUGGACUAGAAAAAUUAAGAUGCCUCAUUACCAAAUUCACCAGUAGCCCAAUCCAAAAGACAACAGAUUGUUUAAUCCAAGUAAUCUUGGAAAUUCAAUCUGAACAAAAUUCAAGCUUCCAUUAGAUACUUGUACACCAAUGUGGAAAUUACAAAUUAUAUAAACAUAGUUUAAUAACCAACUUGCUAGAAGACAUACCACCUUCAGCCUUUAGCCAGCACCCCUUAAAUACACUAAAGAAUGCUGGCACCAAGAGCUCUGCAAAAACUACCCAAG